AUGAGUACUGAAGAAGUAAAAGAAACUAAAUUACUUUUGAUUGGUGAUAUUGGUGAUGGUAAAAGUUCUCUUGGUAAUUUUAUUCUAAAAGACAAUAAAUUUGCUGUAAGUAGUGGCUGUGAUGCAAAAACGCAAGAAACUGUUGGAUAUAAUGGAGAAGGUAAUCGAAGGAAUGUAUUUGUUAUUGAUACACCUGGUCUUCAAGAUUCAUGUAAAAUGAAUGAAAGAUGGUUGAAUGCUAUGGCUGAUUGUAUUAACAACAAAAAAGGGGUACAAGCAAUUGUUAUUGUAUUAAAUUAUAACAAUGGUGUGCUUUCCAAUGACUUAAAAACAAUGAUUGAAAUAAUAUGUAACAUUUUUCCAUUUUAUAAGUUUUGGGAACAUGUUUGUGUUGUAUGGACUAACUGUUAUAAUUAUACCCCACAAAAACAAUUAGACAUACAUAAAAAGAGCAAAAAAGAUUAUUAUUAUCCACAAUUAAAAAGGGUUAUUGAAGAAUUUAGUGGAAAUAAAGAAGAAUAUGAUAUUGAACCUCCAAUGUAUUAUGUAGACUCCCAUCCAGAUGAAGGGUGUGAUAAUAGCAGAUCAGAGAUGGAGAUUGAAAAACUUCUAACAUGGGCUAGAAGUUUUAAAAAACCUAUUAACAUCAAGAGAGAACAAAAAAGAGAAGAUUCUGAAUAUAAAAAAGUUGUCACACAAGAAAAACAGCGCCGAGUAGAAGCUGAUGAAAAUAACAUAAACAGAAUGUCACAAGUCAAACCCAUGAGAAGAGACAUAAAAAUUCAAUAUAAUGGAAAAGUUAGUUGUAGUGAAUGGGAAGUGAUGGAGAGUAAAAGUGAGCCUGACAUAAAAAUAAAACAAGAAAAACUUAUACAGUUUAAUUGCACAAUUUUGUAG